AUGGCCAGGAGGUAUUACGGUAUCUUCCGCUACAACCACCCGGGCGCAAAUUGGUGUUCCCCAACGGGUGGUGAUACAGUACACCUGACAGUGGUCACGCCAACACCUUAUGGGGCGGGGUCUUCACAGUCCUCAGCAAGCAUCAGCUGUUUCCGUAGCAAUCCUGAUAAUGACGUUACACUGAACUUCAGCAGACCAUUCCAGAUAGGUCUGCCAGGAUCUACCAUACAAACAUCUACUACCCUCCCUACUGGCAGUAGUCAAUCAGUGAAUGGACGAAUAGUCACCCAGAAUCUGACCACCAGUAAUGAUGCCACUGGGUUGUUUUAUUGUGAAGGUUCCAAUAGCGACUUAACAACCAGAGUAUACAGCAUCAUCCACAGUGUGAAUAGGAGGUUUGAGCCUGUUGAUGGCCUGGUAACGAAAACGAUCAACAAAGGAGAGAAUGUGACUCUCUCAGUCAUCAAGGCUAAUUCCGGUGGCUUUCCUCUGUGGCGUCGUACAAGAAAUGGAACUGUUAAUGCAAACUUGACUAAUUCCAAUCAGGCUAGUUUCACAGUGCCCUCUACUGAUGCUGAUGAUGGGGAUCUAUAUACUGUCAUCGGAUCUGCUGUUACUCUCACUGACAAUCAUUUCAGUAUGAUCAGACUCAUAGUCAGAGACUGUGAUGCUGGUAAGUGGAAUCUGACUGACUGUGAAGGGGUGUGUGAUCUGUGUUACAAUGGAGGAGUGUGUGAUGAUGAGACAGGAGAUUGCAUCUGCCCACCAGGAUUUAGUGGACCAAACUGCCUCACAGGUAAGCUCAUUGCCUGGUCUGUCUGUCUGUCGGGCGGGUUGUCGGUCUGAGUGUGUGAUCUGUGCUACAAUGGAGGAGUGUGUGAUGAUUAGACAGGAGAUUGCAUCUGCCCACCAGGAUUCAGUGGACCAAACUGCCUCACAGGUAAGCUCAUUGCCUGGUCUGUCUGUCUGUCGGGUGGGCUGUCGGUCUGAGUGUGUGAUCUGUGCUACUAUGGAGGAGUGUGUGAGGAUGAGACAGGAGAUUGCAUCUGCCCACCAGGAUUCAGUGGACCAAACUGCCUCACAGCAUGUGGUAUGCACAUAUUUGGCUGGAGUUGUGAGUUUCCGUGU